GAGACAAGUCUGUUUGUCUACUUGUCUCUGGUUAAAUCACCCUCGGCAACCGUGCAACCACUAGAAACAGAUUGAGGUUAGGUUAGCAACGUUAUUUAAAUAACUUUGAACAAUGUUCUACAUAAUCGGGCUCGGGCUCGGAGAUUGCAAAGAUAUAACCGUUAAAGGUCUGGAGAUUAUUAAAAGCUGUGAGAGAGUUUACCUAGAAGCGUACACAUCGAUUCUAACCUGCGGAACUGAAGCACUGGAGGAAUUCUAUGGCAGGAGAUUAAUAGUGGCUGAUCGAGACCUAGUGGAACAAGGGGCUGAUGAAAUUCUUCAAGGGUCUAAGAGCGCCAAUGUGGCUCUGCUGGUAGUGGGAGACCCCUUUGGGGCAACCACUCACACCGACCUGGCGCUGAGGGCUGAGGAGCAGGGCAUUGAGGUGAAAGUCGUGCACAAUGCCUCAAUUCUGAACGCUGUGGGAUGCUGCGGCUUGCAGCUCUACACUUUUGGUGAAACUGUAUCCAUCCCUUACUGGAUUGGCGGCUGGGAGCCCGACAGUUUUUACGAGAAAAUUUCUAAAAAUUAUAGCAAUAAACUGCAUACGCUGUGUUUAUUAGACAUCAAGGUGAAGGAACCCACUUUGGAGAGUCUGACGAAGAAGAAAAAAGAGUUUAUGCCCUCCCGUUUUAUGACGGUUAGUGAAGCCAGCCAGCAGCUUUUGAAGAUAAUGAAGAGACGAAAAGAAUCUGGCUGCCCAUUGGAAAUCGCCGAGGACAAUAUUUGCAUAGGCUUGGCCAGGGUCGGCUCGGACACCCAGAAAGUCACCGUCUGCUCUUUGAAGGAAAUGGCCGGAGUGGACUUAGGAGGGCCGCUGCAUUCCCUCAUUAUACCCGCUCCUGUUUUGCACCCUUUGGAGAGCGAAUAUUUGCAAAAAUUUAAACAUGUGCGCGAGAUAUACAAUUCAACUGCGCCCACAAGCGAAAAAAAUUCUGAAACUUCCACAUAGUAGACAAUAAGCAUUAAGAUUUGUACGAUUCCUAGCCAGGAUAGGAAUAGAAGCACUAACAUUUUUGUAAAUAAAACAACAAAAUCGAA